AUGUCUCGCUUGGAUACUCGAGUAUUUCUUUUGACUUUUAUUAUAAUUGGAUUAUUGGCAUUGGUAGCGAAUGGAACCACUUAUGUCGUUGUCGUAACAUACUUCCUUGGCCCAAAUGAAUUUACUACCACCAUCACCACCACAGAUACUCAUAUACCUACACUUCCUCCGGGAGUUUCAAUACGCACUUAUCCUACUAGUGUUUCUAUCAUAGGAGAUACCACCGAACAAUCAUCUGAAACAACUACUGUACCAAACUCUCCGCCACCUACUUCUCCACCUGUCACGUCUCCAUCUGGUACUUCACCUGUUGCAUCGGCAUCUAAUAAUCCUCCAUCUAAUAAAUCGCCAUCUUCUGUAUCCCUAUCUCCUACAUCAUCUACACAAACUCCCUCAAGCAAAAGCUCCACAG